AUGGCCAAGUUUCCGAAGAGUCUUCGAGACGGAAAUGGGAAGAGCGAGCCUGGUGGGGGAAAGUCCCACUCUUGGCUCCAUCGCCUCAGUCUAACGGAGAUUUUUCAAGCAGCCUUCAUACAAUUCUGCAACCAUAACAAGGCUCCCCCUGAGUUGACGGCUGAGAGCAGCGCCCCGCCGACCAAGAACCGGAUGCGAUUGCCCUUCAAUUAA